AAGAUAGUAGAACAUUACCAAGGCAAAUAUCAAAGUGCAAGUCAAUAAAGAGAUGAAAUCAUUUAAAAUGAUGAUGAAGACGAGUCUUACAGGAGUGCCUGCUAGCGAUCCGCGUCCAACAGAGCCGCCACUGUCGGCCUGUUGCACCACAACCAAGCUAUCAGGCAGAGACACACACUGAUAUCAUGUCACAUGUUAUCUGCGAUCAUUUCCACCGCCUUUUCGGGUAGAACCCUGAGGCAUGCAGCUGUGGCUGGUGUGCCUCUACACCGCCACAGGAGUUCGGGCGGGACCCGCCAAAGACCAGAAAAAUUGUUUCCGCCGGGGAGAAAUUUAUCAUCGGAGGAGGAUAACAUGCUGGAUAAGCCUCUCUGGUCAUUCUCUGACUUCCUUUGUUCGUUGUAAUUUUUUUUUUCCUUUCAUCAUCUACAUACCGACUCUUUUGUCGUGCACUUCCCGGAUCUUGUCGAGCCUGUCUCGACUACCCAUUCACAUAAAUGGCGAUCCAAAAAAAGCACGGUAAAGGUCGUCUGGACAAGUGGUAUCGCCUUGCGAAAGAAAAGGGAUACCGAGCAAGAGCUGCUUUCAAAUUGAUCCAGCUAAACAAGAAGUAUGGUUUCUUGGAAAAGAGCAAAGUCCUUCUGGAUCUUUGCGCGGCUCCCGGUUCGUGGUGUCAAGUAGCGGCAGAAUGUAUGCCCACACAGAGCAUCAUUGUCGGUGUCGAUCUCGCCCCAAUCAAGCCAAUUCCUCGAGUCAUUACCUUUCAAAGCGAUAUUACAACAGAAAAGUGUCGCGCGACGAUCAGACAACAUUUGAAACACUGGAAAGCAGACACUGUUCUUCACGACGGAGCUCCAAAUGUUGGUACGGCGUGGGUUCAGGACGCUUUCUCCCAGGCGGAGUUGGUCUUGCAGUCGAUGAAGUUGGCCACGGAGUUCUUGGUUGAGGGUGGUACCUUUGUCACCAAAGUCUUCAGAUCGAAGGACUACAAUCCUCUGCUCUGGGUCUUCAAGCAGCUCUUCACGUCUGUGGAAGCGACAAAGCCUCCUUCUUCCCGAAAUGUCUCCGCAGAAAUCUUCGUCGUCUGCCGUGGAUUCAAAGCUCCAAAACGCAUUGACCCCAAAUUCCUCGACCCCAAGCAUGUUUUUGCAGAAUUGACAGAUGCUACGCCAAAUCACGAAGCGCGUGUAUUCAAUCCGGAGAAGAAGAAGCGAAAGAGAGAAGGUUACGAGGAAGGUGAUUACACACAGUUCAAGGAGAUACCGGUCACGGAGUUCAUCAACACCACUGAUCCGAUCGCGAUUCUUGGUACUUAUAAUAAGCUCAGCUUCGAACAAUCUCCGGGAGGAGAUCUUGCGUUGGCGACUCUGAACAGACUGGAAGAGACCACGGACGAGAUUCGAACCUGCUGUGAGGAUUUGAAGAUUCUAGGCAAAAAAGAAUUUCGGAAUUUGCUCCGAUGGCGCUUAAAGGUCCGUGAAAAGUUUGGGCUUGUAGUCAAAAAAGGGCAAGCGAAGGCCGAUGAACCUGAGGAGGUCGCAGAGGUAGCUCCCAUGGAUGAGGAGUUGGCCAUACAGGAAGAGCUACAACGUCUCCAGGAGAAGGAGAGCUCCAAGCGCAAGAAGGAAAGGCGCAAGGAGAACGAGAAGAAGCGCAAAGAAAUCGUACGCAUGCAAAUGCAUAUGACAACGCCUAUGGACAUUGGCAUGGAGCAACUUGGGCCCGGUGGUGAGGACGCAACUUUCUCAUUGAAGCGAGUGGAAAGAGAUGGGGCAAGAGACGUCAUUGCGUCUGGAAAGGUAGCGGAAAUUGAGAGUGACAGUGAGGACGAUCAAACGGGAUCUGAUGACGACGAAAGCGAUGAUGAAGGCGAUCAACUGGAGAGGGAACUCGAUUCAUUGUACGAACAAUACCAGGAACGCAGAGAAGAUCGGGACUCCAAAGUACGGGCAAAGAAAGCACGAAAAGACUACGAGGCGGACGAAUGGGACGGCUUCUCAGACUCUGACAAGGAAAACGACGAGGAAUCAGGGGAAGAGGGCGCGUCCCAAGCGGCGGUCAAGCCAGCUCCUAACUCGGGAACACUCUCCUGCAAGGCCGCGAUGUUCUUCGAUCAAGACAUUUUCCAAGGUCUGGGUGAUGUCGACGACGUCGAGGACGAGGACAGCGCAAUUGAAAUGCAGGAGGACGAUAAAUCCGCUAAGAAGGGCUCUGCUUUGGAGAAACAAGCGCCCAAGGAUGCAAAGAAAAAGGCACAGGCCACUGAAGACUUUUCAGAUAGCGAGCCUGAAGAGUCUGACGACCCACGGAAGAAGAACGGCCAACUCGAUAUCGAUAUCAUCACCGCAGAAGCCAUGGCGCUCGCCCAGCAAAUGGCUACUGGUGAAAAGAAGUCCCAGGACAUUGUUGAUGACGGUUUCAAUCGGUACACCUUCCGGGAUGUUGACGGUCUCCCCGAAUGGUUCCUCGACGACGAAAACAAGCAUUCUAAGCCCCAACGGCCUAUCACGAAGGCGGCUGCGGCCGCAAUCAAGGAAAAGCUGCGUGCCAUCAAUGCUCGGCCCAUCAAGAAGGUGAUGGAGGCUAAGGGCCGUAAAAAGAUGAAGGCUGCUCAGAGACUCGAGAAACUGCGCAAGAAGUCUGCUUUGCUGGCAGAUGACGAGGCGCUCAGUGAAAGGGACAAGUCGCAGGCCAUUGCAAAGUUGAUGAGCAAAGCGGUCAAGAAGAAACCCAAGCAGCAGGUGAAGCUGGUUGUUGCUAAGGGAGCCAACAGAGGUAUCUCCGGUCGUCCACGCGGAGUGAAGGGCAGAUACAAGAUUGUGGACUCGCGUAUGAAGAAGGAUAUCCGGGCUCAAAAAAGAUUGGCCAAGAAGAAGAAAUAGACGGACAGCAGACUAUGUGUAUGAUAUUGGGAUUUUUCAAUCAUACAUAUGAACUACAGUUUGAUACCCUCAGGGCUGGCUUUACUUCAGUAAGAAAAUAGCAGCAACCAUAGGUUUACCUGAAUGGUGGCGUUAAAUCACCCGUUCUAGUUCUACAUGUAUGUUUGCAUUGACCUUCAAAACAUGAAUGGC